AUGGCUUUUGCUUCGCCAAACCUCAAAUCCAUCCCUCACUUUCUCUCACCUCAGCCAUUUUCCUCCCAAUUUUCCUUUCUUUUCCUCCAAACACCCCCACGUGCACCACAAUCCUCCAAAUUCCUUCACACCUCAAGGCGCCAAACCGUCCCAAAAUCCGCUCUUCGAGAAUGGAAAGAGUAUGAGGAGGCAGUGAAGCGCAAGGACCUAGCUGGAGCUCUCAGGUUCUUGCAAUCCAUUGAGACCCAGCAAAACCCAAUUGAGUUUGUUAAUGGGUCCUUACCAGCUGACCCUACCCUUCCUCGACUCGGCGAGUUGGGGUUUGUUGGGCAGGAGAGGGAUUGGGAGGUCCUGGACACGUGUCUGAAUGCUGAUAAUAUGAAGCUGGUGGGCAAAGCUUAUGGCUUUCUCAAGGACAAGGGUUUCUUGCCCAGUUUUGGAAAGUUCAGGAACGUUGUUAUGGAGGGAACGCGUGAUGUUACACCAACAGUGUUGAAGACUUCAACUGGUUUAGAAGCAACGAAAUUUGCUCCAAAAAAGUGGGGCCUUUCUGAAAGUUCUGCUCCCAUUUUGAUUGCCUUUCUUGGCGGGAUAUCUUUUCUUCUUUCUCAAGGCAUCGAUCUCAGGCCUAACCUUGCAGCAGUAUUGGGGCUAGCAUUUGCAGAUUCUGUCUUUCUUGGUGGUAGUUGUUUAGCUCAAAUCUCAAGUUAUUGGCCCCCAAAUAGACGUCGGAUCCUCAUUCAUGAAGCAGGGCAUCUGCUAAUAGCUUAUCUAAUGGGUUGCCCAAUUCGUGGGGUGAUAUUAGAUCCAAUUGUUGCAAUGCAAAUGGGCAUUCAAGGGCAGGCAGGAACUCAAUUUUGGGAUGAGAAAAUGGCCAAUGACCUUGCUGAAGGACGACUUGAUGGCUCUGCUUUUGACAGGUACUGCAUGGUGCUUUUUGCAGGCAUUGCUGCUGAAGCUCUUGUUUAUGGUGAGGCAGAGGGUGGAGAAAAUGAUGAAAAUCUAUUUAGGAGCAUCUGUGUUCUUCUACAACCCCCAUUGUCUGUUGCUGAGAUGUCAAACCAAGCAAGAUGGUCCCUUCUACAAUCUUACAAUUUGCUCAAAUGGCAUAAAAAUGCACACCGAGCUGCAGUUGAAGCUUUAGGAAGUGGCAGUGGUCUUAGUGUUGUAAUUAGGAGUAUUGAGGAAGCAAUGUUAGCUAAUAGGUGA